GGUCUUCGUCCUGAGGGCACCGUGGUCUCCUCCAUCUGCACCGCCUGGACCACAGGGACGAGACGCCAUGACCCCCAGCCUCACGGCCCUGCUCUGCCUCGGGCUGAGUGUGAGCCCGAGGACCCAGGUGCAGGCAGGCACCCUCCCCAAACCCACCAUCUGGGCUGAGCCAGGCUCUGUGAUCCCCUGGGGGAGCCCCGUGACCAUCUGGUGUCAGGGGACCCGGGGGCCCUGGGUGUUCCGUUUGGAUAAAGAGGGAAGCUCACCUUCCUGGGACAGACAGCCCCCACUGGAGCUCGGGGACAAGGGCAACUUCUCCAUCCCACACAUGACACAGGACUAUGCAGGGAGAUAUCACUGUUACUACCUCAGCCCCACUGGCUGGUCAGAGAGCAGUGGCCCCCUGGAGCUGGUGAUGACAGGGGCCCACAGGAAACCCACCCUCUCAGCCCUGCCGAGCCCUGUGGUGACCUCGGGAGGGAACGUGACCCUCCAGUGUGGCUCAUGGCAGCGACUGGACGGGUUCAUUCUGACUAAGGAAGGAGAAUCCAACUCCUCCUGGACCCUGGAUGCACAGCGAGGCCCCCAUGGGCAGACCCAGGCCCUGCUCCCCGUGGGUCGCGUGACCCCCAGCUACAGGUGGAUGUUCAGAUGCCACGGCUUUUACAGGAACAACCCCCAGGUGUGGUCGGCCCCCAGUGACCCCCUGGAGCUCCUGGUCCCAGGUGUGUCUGGGAAGCCCUCCCUCCUGACCCCGCAGGGCCCUGUCGUGACCUCUGGACAGAGGCUGACCCUCCAGUGUCGCUCUGACGUCGCCUAUGACAGAUUCGCUCUGUCCCAGGAGGGGAGACAGGCCCUCUCCCAGCGCACUGGCCGGCAGCCCCAGGCUGGGCUCUCUCAGGCCGACUUCCCCCUGGGCCCGGUGACCAUCACCCACGCGGGCCGGUACAGAUGCUACGGUGGACACAACCUCUCCUCCGAGUGGUCGGCCCCCAGUGACCCCCUGGACAUCCUGGUGGCAGGGUGGUUCCCUGACACGCCCUCACUCUCGGUGCAGCCGGGCCCCGUGGUGGCCUCAGGAGAGAACGUGACCCUGCUGUGUCAGUCAAGGAGCACAAAGGAAACUUUCCUUCUGUCCAAGGAGGGGGCAGCCCAGCCCCCACUGCGUCUUAGAUCAAAGUACCGAGGUGGGCAUUUCCAGGCCGAAUUCUCCAUGAGUCCCGUGACCUCAGCCCACAAUGGGACCUACAGGUGCUACAGCUCACUCAGCAGUAACCCCUACCUGCUGUCACACGCCAGUGCCCCCCUGGAGCUCGCGGUCUCAGGUCUCAAAUGGUACCUGAACGUCCUGAUCGGGGUCUCGGUGGCCUUCGUCCUGCUGCCCCUCGUCCUCCUGCCCCUCGUCCUCCUCAUCCGACACCGGGGUCAGAGCAGACGCAGGAAGUCGGGGGCUGCAGACCCAGAGCCCAAGGACACAGGCCUGCAGAGCAGCUCCUGCCCAGCCGCCGCCGCCCAGGACCAGGCCCUCUAUGCUGCCGUGAAGGACACACAGCCUGAGGACGGGGUGCAGCUGGACCAUCCGCAGAACAGGCAGGAUGCAGACCCCCAGGAGGGGACGUACGCCCAGGUGAACCACUCAAGAUCAAGACUAAGGCGGGGGGUGGCCACCUCUCCUUCCUCCCUGUCGGGGAGAUUGCUGGACACGAAGGACAGACAAGCGGAAGAGGACGGGCAGAGGGACGGUCAGGCCGCCGCAUCUGAAGCCCCCCAGGAUGUGACCUAUGCCCAGCUGAACCACUUGACCUUCACACGGGAGACUGCAACCCCUGCCCCCCAGUCAGGGGAGCCCCCAGAAGAGCCCAGCGUGUAUGCUGCUCUCGCCGUCCGCUAGCCCAGGAAGGACCCAGACCCCACGCUCCAGGGAGGAAGACUGCACGGACCCCGGAAGGCACAGGAGCUGCCUGCCCGCAGUGGACACCGCCUAACGACCAACAGACAGCCUGGACUCCCAACACAGACCACCAGGAGCCCCUGGGACCCUUUGGCAGUCACCUGAUUCUACCCUCAAAGAUAACUAAUAUCCUUACGUUUGGGAAAUA